UGUACCUUUUCUUUCUUCUCUCUUUACUCUUAAAGAUCAAUUUUGUUAAGUUUAAUUUGAAAGAAAUCUAAUUAAGUAAUGGCAGUGUCAGCGGUAGCAACUCUCCUCUUUCUUCUUGUUGCCUCUCCGGUGGCUUUUGCCGCCAACCACAUCGUCGGAGGCAGUGGUGGGUGGAGCCAGUCCGGGGAUUACUCCACUUGGGCAGCUGGUGAAACCUUCAACGUUGGUGACACCCUUGAGUUCAACUAUGGUGGAAGCCAUGGAGUGGAUGUAAUAAGCAAAGAUGACUAUGACAACUGCAACACCGGAAACGCCAUCGAGUCACACAGUGAUGGCAAGACCACUAUCAAACUUUCCAAGGCUGGUCCAAUGUACUUUAGUUGUCCUACUUUUGGUCAUUGUCAAACUGGCAUGAAAUUGGCUGUCAAUGUCAAAGCUACCUCCACCCCUAGUAACUCACCAACUACUCCUUCAACUCCUGCAACUACUCCUUCAACUCCCUCCGAGUCUGACUCACCAACUACUCCAUCAACCGGCACUCCUAGUGUCGUCAACACGCCCACAAAGUCAUCCCCUACAACGCCAAAUGGCGCGACCGGAGUUUUUGGCAGCAUGAACAAAUUUAUGGUUGGAGUUUCAGUUGUAUUGGGAGCUUUCUUUGCGUUCAUGUGCUAGGCGAGAGGCAGUGCUUAACUUGCAUCAUUAUUGAUUUUAUUUCCUAUUACUAGCGGGGUUAAUUCAGCUGUUAUUUUUGUACUUUUUUAAUUAAUGGUCGUUCAUGAGCAGUAAUUUUGUGUGCAUAUUAUUGUAAGGAAUAAAGUAAUUUUUUCAUCA